AUGAAGAAGGAUUUAAUUUUAGAAGAAUAACAAAAUCAUAAUAAGGAUGAUGAAAUCAGCUAAAUAAUUCAUAUUAAUUCUGAAAUGAUGACUUAUUAGUAAUAGACUAAAUUUCCAGCAAAGGAAAUUACACUUGAAGAGAAAUAGGAUCAUUAAAUAAACUAAGAUAGAAGUAAAAAGUAAAAUUUGGAAGAAAAUUCAGAAUAAGAUAGCUACUAGCAAUCAGAUAAUAUAGAGUUUCAUAGCAAUUUAGAAAGUAUUGAAAGAAUAGAAAUGGAAUAAAGGCAAGAAAAAAAUUCUAAAUUAUAAUCUAACACUAAAAAAUCAGAUAAACCGAUUAAUAUAGAAAUGGUUGAAUUGGGAUUUAGUGAAAAUGCUGCAAAUUAAGGAUAUAAUAGUGGUUCAGUAAAAAAUAGAAAUUAGCAGAGUCCUGUUAAAGUAAAUAAAGGCUUGAGAUAAGCCAACAAAUCUUUAACAACAAUUUAGUAAGAACCACAUGAUUUUGGUUAGAGUAAUAAGGCUGAUUCUAUAGGAAGUAAAUUGCUAAGAUAAAUAAAAACAACAAUUGAGCAUGGGACUGCAAAAAAAUUUAAUAUUUCAAAUAAGAUGACAACUUCAAUUAAUGAAUAUCAAAAUAAUAUAGAGAAGUAAAAUAAAGAAGAAUCUUAAAUAAAUAAUAACAAUUCAGCAUAACGGAGAGGUGGGAGUGAGUUUGGAGGUGCUUAGAUGACACGUUCUUAAAAGAGAAAAACAUUUCUAAACUUGAGAUAAGGAACAGCCAAAAUAAAAAAUUUCUUUUCCAGAACUUUAACUCAAGAAAGUGAUAAUAUUGUAUUUAAUUUAGUUUUAAAUUCUUGGAGGUUUAUUUCUAAUUUGAAGAGGGUUUCAACGAUUUGGAAAUCAAAUUUGGUCACACCAAGAUAGAUUGAAAUGAUAGAUGAUUCAACUCACUUCGACCCAAAUUCAUUCCAUAACAGGAAACGUAAAUUAUUUGGAACAUCAUUUUCCGGUUCCAGAGAUACUAUCUAUAAAAGUUACACCAGUAUCUAAGGUAGAAAAAAACAAGAGGAUUCACUUUUGAUGACAUGGAUACUUUAAACGUUAAUUUGUGUUCCAAUUAUCAAUCCUUAAUCAUAAAUUUUAUAUAUUUGGGAUAUAAUCCAUUCGACUAUGAUUAUAUUGAAUUUGCUCAUUCAGCCAAUUGAAUUUGUUACUUAUACUCACAUGGAGUUAGAAUACAGUGAUUAUUUUUGGAAAGUUUUCCCAUACCUCUGCUUUACAAUUUUUAUAGUUCACAUAAUUCUAAAUUUUAAUAUCGGAUUUUAUGAUAGAGGUAUUUGCAUAAUGGAUAGAAAGUAGGUAAUGGUUAACUACUUCAUGAAAGGAUUUAUUUGGGAUUUACUUGCAUUGCUUCCAGUUAUUGAUUCGAUGGCACAGUUUGAAAGUGCUUGGAGGAUUGUAAAUGUCUUUGUAGUCUGUAAAUACAUAACUUUGCGGUCUAUCCUAGCGAAGUACCUCGAGUUAUGUUAGCUUUAAAAUUAAUCUUUUGUUCCUUAUAUAAAACUACUAUAACUCAGUUUUUUAGUCCUUUUCGUUGGCCACUUUUUUGCUUGCUUAUUUUUAGGACUAGCCAAAUUAGAGGAAGUAUAUAAUUUUACUAAUGUAACUUGGAUUUAGCAUUAUAGUUCAUAGCAGCAAUCUUAGAAAAAUUAAGAUGCUGAUUUGAUGAAUGGCACUGUAUUUUCUAAAUAUAUUUAUUCUUUUUACUGGAGUGUAACAACAAUGACUACAACAGGAUAUGGAGACAUAGCUGCUUCAAAUAAUUACGAGGCUACUUUCUGUGCAUUUACUAUGAUCUUUGCAGGUGGUGUAUUUGCAUAUUCGUUUAACUAAAUUGGUUAUAUUGUGUCCGAAAUUAAUACAAAGAAUACAGAAUUUUAAAAAGAUAUCAAUUUAAUUAGCAGAUAUCUCAAUAAUUUGAAUAUAAAAAAAAACCUUUAACUUGAGGUUAUCAAAUAUAUGGAGUAUAAGCAUCGUGCUGAAGCAGAGUUAAGUACAAAAGAAGAAAAAGAAGUAUUAGACAAGUUAGGACCUAAUAUAAGAGAUAAAAUUACAAUAUCUGCAAAUAUAUAAUUGAUUAAGCAAGUUCCCUUUCUUAUCAACAAUUUUUCACGUAGGUUUUUGAGCAAAUUAGCUCUAUAAAUGCAAAAGGAAACUUAUUUGAACAAUGAAAUUAUCUUUGAAGAAAAUGAUUUUUAUGUAACAAAUAAUCCACUCAUACAUGGCCAGUAUUUAAUUUAGAAUCAACAAAAUAAUCCCAUACCAUAGUUAUACUUGCAACUAUAAUAAUAACAAUAACAGCAGUAAAUGCUUUAAUAGCCUAUAUAUUAUUAAAAUGCAUACCCUUAAAAUAUCUCUAAUAAUGGUCCUUUUCAAAAUGUUUAGCAUAAUAUUGUAUAUUAGCAGCAAUCAAAUUAACUUUUAUAUCCCUAAUAGUAAUAAAAUUUUAUAGGUUCUUAAUCAGUUCAAUUACCUUAUGGCAUUAACUAAAAUUAUACUAAUUAAUAGCAACAAAAUACUUAAAACUAGAUUAACAGUGUUGGUUUAAUAUACAAUAACCCUCUUUAGUUGAAUGUUCCGUUAAUUAACAUUAACUAAAACUUAUCUGCUUAAUAAAAUAUGCUUUAAGUCCCUAAUCACAAUAAAAAACUUAGUGGAAGUCAAGUUUAAUUAAACAUAGGAUAGCCCUUAAAUUAUUAAAAUAAUUUAAGUUCGCCAAUUUAAAAUAAUUUAAAUAAUGGAAAUAACUAAUUUAGAUAUUCUGGUGUCAAUAUGUAGUAAACAAACUCAUAAAAUAAUUAAUAAUCAUCAUAGUAAACUUACUUGAAUAACUAACUCAACGAACCUCAAUCUUUUACUAAUUAAAAUAACGGAUAAAAUAUUUAAUAAAAUCCAUUUUAGUAAUAAAUAUAAUUUUAGAGUGGUACUGAAGACUAUUGUUAUGUUUAGACUUUGCAAUAAUCAUAAUCAGAAACUGCUUUUUAUAUUGUUGAAAAAGGUAGCAUUUAACUUUAUACAAAGUGUUUCAAAUAUGCUAUGGAGGAAGUAACAACAAAACCAAUAAAAGAACUAAAAAAAGGAGAACUUUUCGGAGAAUUUUCAUUUUUCACAGAAAAGCCAAGAUGUGCUUCUGCUAAAUCUCUAGGGCCUUGUUCUGUCCUUUCAAUAAAAAAGAAAGAUUUUAUUAAACUCCUUAAAGAAUUUCCAUCUGACUAUGAGAUUUAUUGCCAAAUUCAUGAUGAAAUAGUGAACAAUGAUAAUUUGAAUUCACUCUAAAUUAAAUGCUACUCAUGCGAUAGAUAUGGUCAUAUAACUUAGAAGUGUAAUAAAAUUCAUUAUUAACCUGAUAAAGAAGCAGUCAUUUUGAGAUAAAACUUCAGAGAUGGAUUUUAAUAUGAAAGGAAUAAAGAUGCUUGGAGGAGAGUUCAAAAAGUAAAGUGUCUUAAUUAGAUCAAAGAAAUAGUAUUUGCUCAAAAGAAAAUUGAAGCAACAUUGUAAAAUCAAAGUUAAUUGUCAGGUGGUUAAGCUAAUAAUUUAUAGUUGCAAGGUAAUUAAAAUACUCAUUUUAAAAAUAAUAGUAAUUCAAAUAAUAAUACUCCAUCACAACAAAAGUUUAACUCUAAUACUAAUAAUCAUAUGAAUGAUAUCCGUAAAAAUUAAAAGAAAUUAACUCUGCGAUAGUUGCAAACUAUGUAAACAUAAAUAGUUGACUAAGACACUUACAUUCCGCCUUCUCCUCUUCUUGCACCUUAACAAAAUGUCUUCAAUUAUAAUAUUUAAAAUGUAUUUCCAGCAAAUAUUCUGGUCUAAAAGCAAUAGACACAGUAAAAUCUUUAACUAAAUACUUAGAAUAGUAAUUAGAGAUAGAGCUUUUUGGAAUAAUAAAAUGAUCCUAAUCAAUAAUAGAUACAGAAUUUCUAUUCUUCUUUCUAAUCAAAAAUAAGAGGAAGUCUCACAAAAGAGUAGGUUAUAUUUGAAGAUGAUAACGAAAAUCCAUUAGGAAACAGUACCUAAUUGCAAACAUAAAAAUUUAUACCUCUCAAAAUAUAAGAGAUUAAUAACGAAUAAGAUUUUAAUAGAUAUUAAUAAGAAUAAUAAAAGAGAAACAAUGUUUUAGAAGUAAAAAAUUUGAUUUCUCCAAAGCAUGAUAAAACAAACUCGUUUUUGAAUACUGCUUAAUUGAAUAUAAAAAUAGACUAAUAAUUACACAAAAAGCAAAAAUCGUCUUAAGGACGUAGAUUACAAAAUAAGUCAUCUAUUUCAUUUAAUAAUUAAUCUGAUUUAGACAAAGGAAACUAAGUAAAGUUUUUAGAUAAACCUCCUUAGUAAAAUAGAGUGCUUAUAUAAGAUAUUGCAGCUGCUUUAGGAGAUAGCUUUGAUAAAUCUAUUUCUUCGGAAGCUAAUAAUGAAGAUAAAAAUGCCAGUGAUUAGUCCUCUUACAGUCACGAAUACAUUCGUUAGAGAUCAUAUAAACAUCCAGUUUUAAAUAAACAGAAAAGUUUUACAACAGAAAACACUCCUUAAAAUUAAAAAAUCUUGAGAAAAAUAAAUGAAGUCUAUUAAAAUAUUGGAAUAUAGCGCAAACAGAGUCGAUACAUAUAAAAAAAUCUAUUGUUGCAGCAAAUUUAAAACACAAUACUUUAAAAUUUAGAACAAGAAGGUGUGAUUAAUUUUGAAGAUGGAAAUUAGCAAAAUAUUGAAGCUUACGAAGAAUUACAGUAAAUUAAUGAAAAAGCUAAAAAAUUGACACAAAUAGCAGCUGCUAAGAAAGAAAUGGUGUUUGAGUUCCCUUCCUUAAACACUGACAGAAUGAAAAAUUUCAAAUCGUAUUAUGUAGACUUUAAUUGCCCAGCUGUUUUGAAUAGACUCUUAAAUUACAAGCCUAAUGCAUUUAUAAAACGUGACAGAAGAUACCAUAUUUAUUACAGAGAUACCAAAAAAAGAGGAUUUGAAAAUGUUACCUCAUUCCAUGUUGUUACACCAGCAAAUUCAAGAUCAUCAAACCCUAAUUAAAUUUCCAAAAUUGCAAAUUUAAUUCUAAACAGCAAUGUUAAAAAUUAAAAAAAAACUACUAUAAUUUCUUAAAAUGCACCAAGAUACAGCUAAAAAUUUUCUAUAAUUGAAUCUAGACAGCCUUAUUUCAAAAAUCAUAUGCUUUAAUCACAAAGCCAAUUUAACAAGGUUCGCUCAAAUACACUCUUCUAUGAAGAAUCAGAUGAUGAAUUCUGA